UCCGACUAAAAUCCUAUCGAGAUGGCAAAACGUUGUCGUUUCAAUUACAAGAUAAUGACAGACCCACACAAUGGUAUAAAUYGCUAAAUAACCUGAGAUAAACAAGACGAAGUCCCAAAGCCGUCUUGCUGUAGCUAUGAUAUCUGUUCUUGGACUGUGGGUUCUACUCAUUUUUGCUACAGACAGGUCUGUUGAAGCAAUAAAUGGUAAGGGGCAAUGGAAAUGGACAACAGAGCCUCUGGACAUGGAUUUAACACCACAAGUAGGAGAUAUAAUGUACGAAGAAAUCGCUACUGUGCCCCUACAGUCCAAUGUGAGCUGUCGAAAAGACAUUGAUAAUGUCAUUAGCCAUAUCCCAUCAAUUGAUGACGAUAUGAGUUAUCAAACAACSUACUAUAACGGUACGAAAACCUACACAUUGUUUCAAGUGAAAGAGCUAACAGAGUGCAACAUAAACAACGAGCAACGCUUACAACGACGAGCAAAAGGUAAAAAAAGAAAGCCAAAAAGCAAAAGGGAGAAUUUAAAGCCUGUCUUUGCUACGUCAAGUGUUAACGUUCCUUCUGCUAUAGUAUCAUUUGGCUCCCAAUGGCAAUGCGAUGGAAUUCUUGUUGGUCACCAGCACAUUUUAACCUCGGCCCAUUGUGUAGAUAAACUGUCUCCAAAAAACGUGAAAGUUGGUUUUUUAAGGAGUGGGUCAGUAGAGUGGUACAGCAGCGAAACGUUCCGCAUACCACGCAGAUGGCUGACAAUAAAGAAUAGUUUAAAGCAAUCCCUCGAGGGAACAAAGUACGACUAUUCUCUUAUAAGGCUUAACCGCUCCACUGGGCGACCUGGCCUCUUAAUGCGACCGUCUCCGACUUUCAUAUCAGGAAUUGACGAAGUGAACUUUCAGGGAUUUGAUAACUACCUCAACUUGUAUCAAUCAAGGUGUUCUCCUGUGACCAUGUCAUAUGGGAUAGAACUGAAACARUGUAGCAAGGCUGCAGAACACGCUGGCUCAGGAAUACUUGUUAGAAACGCUAGGACCGGUUAUGCAUUGGUUGGAGUACUCUCUAAGAAAAGACUUGGAGGGGCCUUUGCCACAGCCUUAACCCAAAAAAAUAUURAUCAAAUUCGUAAUUGGAUAAACAACUGAAAAUUACGAAAUGUUAAAAUUUAUGUUUUAAUUUCAAUAAUUUAAUUAAAGGUCUUUCGGUAGCUACGA